UCAUUCACAAACCAACGCACUAAAACUGAUAAGGCUUUUAUAAUGUGAAAAAGUCAGCGGAUUUCACUACCUCAGUACCAUUUAGUGAAGCUAGGUGUUCAUGCAGACAGUUUUCUUCUGGAAGUCCUUCGAGUUAAUUUAAUUGCAAUAUAGUCUAUGUGCUUCCAUCGUCGGUUUGACUUUUUAUCUGCCUAAAGUUGUUUCAUUCUAAGAUCUAAUGGUUAUCGAAUUAUAACCAUAACAGAAAAUCGCAGUUAUCUAUCCACUCAACUUAGAUGUCAAACAAUGCGUUCAAGUAUCUUUCUGUAUGACUUACCCUACCAACCUGUUUUUUAAAAUCAACAACAAUUAGAGGUAUGUGGUUGGCGUACAUGUACCAGCUGUUCACAGAAACGAAGAUAUUUUCUCGAGGGACCUGGUGAGAAAACGUAUUGGUAGUGGUUGUCUUGUCGAUCUGCGAGCAUGGUCAUAGAGCUCGUUGAAUGAUUUUGUUGUCCUAACUCGGACUACUGGCCCUAUAAAUCCAUCAGGUAACCUAAGGUGUAUUGUUUUGAUCAACUUUAUUUACUCCUCUCAUUUGUUGCGGUAUAGUGGCAAUACUUGUGAUUCUCGGGCCUUAGAUUCACCGCCUUUUUUCUUGGCGCUAUCCAACUGAUUCACUGUUGGUGUAAAAGUUCAAAUGUUUCAGGCAACAUAACUUGAUUAGAUCAUAAUGAUAGGCAAGCUCAAUCAUCGUAUCAAGAUACUAGCUGCAGUUCACAUUGUGAGUUAUUUUCGUCCAAAGAACCAUUACAGAUGAGUCUUCCAUAGUUUACCACUGCAAUAAAAAACUUUAAUCAUUUUUCCAAGAACCAAAAACAAGAAUGUAUCAAUCACAUCUAAUCGUCUUCAUAUUUCUAUUUCAAUCAACGAUGCGGUAUUGUGACUAUUUUCAUAUUUGCUGUAUAAUUUACUGAAAUGACCUCCGAGGCUUAUCAUCAGAUUUUCGUAAAAAUAUCUAGAAUGUAAGUGAAUCGUUAUAUCGGUUAGUUGGGUUUGAAAAACUUCUUUUUUUGAAGCCAUACUCAAAGAUGCAGUAACAAACGUCAACAUACCGUAAUGAAUAGUCAGUUCGUCAAAUAACCUCUGUCAGUGCAAAUAAGUCGGUACUGGAUAACAGCUGAUUUCAAACAUGAAGUACUAAAAUAGAUCUUGGGCACUGAGGAACGUCCAAUUGGUUUAUAUUAAAUUAAGAGUGCAAAUUAUAUUCGAAUUAAGAAACUCCCUUUCUAAGUGUAUUUAAUUUUAUUUGUCCAACUAACUGAUUAAAAGUCGUUUCACACACAAUUAACAGAAUUGAGAAAAUUGAGGAAAAAUUGUCACUUGAAUCAAAUAAGCAGACAGAAACUGAACUUACUUUAAGGAAAUUAAUUGAUCAGGUUGAACUUAUGAAACUUGCUGCUUCCAAUUCGAUGCAAACUACAAAACCAAUAUCUGUGAAAAGACAAGGACAUCGGAAAACUUCAUUAACUACGUCCGGAGUCCCGUAUUCACAGAAUGCGGAUCAAAUAUUGAACCCAGGUGCCUUUACAUGCUCUGAUGAAUCGUCGUCUGGUAAUCUACCUAAUCUGUCGAAAAGUGAGAAAACACCCAAUGUAGUCUAUACUUAUAUUGAUAAUUACCUUAAAGCCUGUGUGUCAAGUGUUGAGAAGAAAUUGUUUGGCAAAUUAGACAUCUGCUUUAAUAAAAUCCAAUCACUUGAAGCACAUGCAAAUCAAAAUAAAACUGAAGAUGAUAAUAGACUGACGAAUUCACAAGAAAUCCAUCUAAGUCCAGAAGAAAGUGGUUCAGAUAUGAGUGUUUGCUCUGAAUAUCAGGUUACAUUGGAGCAGCAUAAAAGACGUUUGGAAGAAAUGGAGAAACUAGUCAAACAUUUUGACUCUCCUAUAGUUAAUGAAACUAUAAAAAGUGUUCUAAGCUCUGAAAUUAAAAGUAGACAUCAACAAAAUCGACAAUUGCAAAAACUUUACACUUGUAUAAUUGAGAAGUUCCUGGGAAUCAUAGACAAAUGGCAGCCUAAUUUGAAUAAUCUUGAAAUAAAUUCAAAUUCUGAUAAUGCUGAUUUGAACGGGUCUGAUCGUUCUGUGAAUGAAUCGGAAAAUAAUAACUCUAAGCUGUCACAGCUCUUACUCUUAUUACACGAAGAUUUAAUUCAUUUACAAACAAAACUAGAAAAUGAACCAAUAAAGUAUGGUGAAACAUCCAUUGUGAAGUCUUUUGUUUUUAUGAUAACGUCUAAAGAGUGAUAUCGAAUGAAAAACAUUCGGUUAAGGGUAACAAAGCGACUUCAGUCUCUAGUUCACAAAUACCUUUGAUUUACUAUGUUCAUAAUAUUUCAGUGAAACAUUAUGGUCGUAUUUAACUGAAUACUGUUGGGGAUGUUAGAUCCCCAGAACUCACUAGGUAAAUACCUUAUUUUUGUAAUUUUAUUUUGAAAAUUUGAAUCGUUGUGUUUUCGCGCCAAAAGCGCUCUUUUCACCUUCAUGUCGUAUUUCCCAC